UCGUAUUUUCCUAGCUGUGUCCUGUCGGAGAGGAGAGGCUGUGGAACUGGAAUAGGCGUGCUCAGCCACACCUCCUCAGGCCUCCAGCUGUUAAAGCUCCCGAGUAAGGUGAGCGUGGGGCUGCUGCUUGGCUGGGGUUAACAGGAGCAGAGGUGACUGUGUUACUGGUGCACUGGGAAGUUGCCUUUUCUAACUGGAGCCUCCCUGUUGCCUUCUCCGGACAGGACCCAGAAAGCUUUGGGGAAACAUUUCACGGGAAAGGUGUUCAAGAAAGCAAGAGGAUGGUGACACCACCUCCCCAAGGCUGCAGCAGCAUUGAUGAUGACUAUUACCUGCUCUGUGACAUGGAUAUGGCCUGGGGGAUUGUCCUGGAGUCACUGGCUGCAGCUGGUGUCCUCGUCACCAUUUUCCUCAUCUGCUCACUCUUCUUUCUCAUCUGUAAAGUCCAAGACAACAGCAAGCGGCAUAUGAUCUCCAUCUAUUUCUUCUUUCUCUUAGGCACACUUGGCAUUUUUGGUCUCACUUUUGCCUUCAUCAUUAAACUCAAUGACAGGACUCGCCCCACUCGCUUCUUCCUUUUUGGAGUCAUCUUUGCUCUCUGCUUCUCAUGCCUCCUCACCCAUGCCUGCAACCUCAACAGACUAGUGAGAGGAAGAAAGCCCUUCUCCUGGCUGGUGUUGCUGCUUCUCAUUGUUUCUUUUGCCCUGGUACAAGUUGUGAUCAGUAUUGAGUACUUGGUCACCAUGCUAGUAAACCAGGAAAUGACAUUUCUGCAUAUGUCUGCGGAGGAGACCAACAAAGACUUCGUCAUGCUUUUGAUCUACGUGCUCUUCUUGAUGGCUCUGACAUUUUUGGUUUCCAUGUUCACAUUCUGUGGGUCAUACAAAAGCUGGAAGAGGCAUGGAGCGCACAUCUUUGUCGCUGUCCUGUUCUCCAUUGCCAUUUGGAUAGUGUGGAUAACUAUGCUCACAAAAGGCAACACAGUUUUAGACAAACGUAGCUGGGAUGAUCCUGUCGUGGCCAUUGCUCUGGUGUCCAAUGGAUGGAUCUUCCUGAUAAUGUAUAUCGUCCCUGAAAUUUGUUUCCUCACUGCCCCUCUGAAGCUGGGGGACUACCCUCCAGAAAAUGACUUCUGCCAACCCAAGUUCAUAAAGCAGACAACUGGAGUGGUCAACCGUGCCUACACCCAAGAUGAAAUUGUGCAAGGAGACACAGGAGACCUCAACUACUCCCCAUACUCUUCUCACUUUCAGAUGAAGACCAUCGAACUGCAAAACGAUUUCUCCAUCCCUCGGCCCAAGGCGCGGACAAGCCCAUACCAUGACUACACUGGUGGGAAAGGCCCUAUGUAGAAAGCUCCGCAGGGAGCAAUGAGACUAAGCGCCCAUCAGCAGAGGCGUGAGUAAUGGGCCACAUGGUGACAAGUGAGUUGAUCUUGCAGAAGAAACAGAGUCAAGCCACACUGGCAAAAGAUGAGAGGGGUCCUCUUUUCCCUCCACAGGCAUCUUUGUACCUCCCUCUCAUUCCUCAAACACAGCAUCAAGACACUGCUCUAGCCUUCCUAUCCCUGCUCACUCUGUUUCUCUGUGGGAUGGAGCUCAUCUUUUCUGACAGAGUAGUGUGCUGGGAAGAGCCUGUUCUGGCCUAUUUUCAGCAGGAAUGCUGUAGGGCUAGAGCAGCAGGAAGAUCAUCAGCCCAGUCUGCGACUGGCUCUGCCCCAGACAGAUCUCACUUUGAUGGGCUCAUGGGGAUGUCUGCACCCCACAUCUGAUGGGAGAAGAGGCAAGAGCAGGCACAUCAGCCCUACACAUCCCCACCCGUGAACACAUCUCAGGUACUACAGAGGACACCCUUAUCUAUUCACAAUUACUUUUGUGCCCACUCCCAACCCUGCCUGGCUCUCCUCCAGAGAUCAAGGGUGGGGGUGGGGGAAGAGGGAGGGAGGAAGAGAGAGAAAAUGCCAUUUUUCUUCUUCAUGUUCACUUCCAACCUCUUCCUCAUCACCUACAGACCAUGGUGGAGAGGGGGAAGAAAACGUAAAGACAUAAAAACGUCUACACCUAUUUACCCUGACACAUUUUCUGAUUUGCACUCUAGCAUCAGCCUCCCUCCUAGCUCUAGUGCCCUAGCUGAGCUCCCCAGGGAGCCUGCCCAGCCCUGCAAACCCUCCCUCCCCACCCCUGCCACCCCAGGCUGUGAAACCCUGCAGACAAAACCUCUUCCAUGCAGCUGCUUGCUGGUGGGAUCUCUGGUGGGAGCUAAUCCCAUGCACCUUGGAUCUCUGUCUCCUCCCAAGUGUGUCUCUGACAUUAACACAAACAUUUCCCAGGCAGCCAGGUUACAGAGGGCAGACACGCUUCUUCCCAGGAGCGAGCAACCACAAGCAUGUGCGUGUGUGUGUGUGCUGUGUGGACUGCACCCUAGCAAUGAGCAAUGAGCCUGCAGAGUUGAGUCAUUCUGUAGCCUGCUUUGCAUUUGGUAAAUAGCUUUCCAUGAUAUUUCAUGUAUAAAUACAUAGAGCUCACCAAGUGGUUGUGUAUGGUACACUGUGUCUGACACAGCUAUAUAUUUAUUUAGUACUUUGUAUGUGGAAUAUUUAAUUAAUAAAAACCCAAACAGCCUGACUAUGA